AUGGCGAAAAGGGUUGCUGUCAUCGGAGCUGGGGCCAGUGGCCUGACUGCUAUUAAAUGCUGCUUGGAUGAAGGUCUCCAGCCAACAUGUUUUGAAAGAAGUGACGACAUUGGUGGGCUGUGGAGGUUCCAGGUAUGUCAAAGUCUGGCUUUGUUGUUUAUUUACAAGCAGGGUCGUCUUUAGCAUAGGCGGCGCCGGGGUGCAAAAUCUGCCCAGCGCAACCAAAUGUUCAUUUUAGCUGCUGCCGCUGCCUCCUCCCGGAUACUAAUAAAUGCUACUUUCACGGAGGGAAGACUGGGGGUGUGGGUCAAGGAAGAAGAAGAAGAAGAGAACAAGAAGAGUUUGGAUUUGAUAUUCCCGUUUUAUCACUACCCGAAGGAGUCUCAAAGCGGCUAACAUUCUCCUUUCCCUUCCUUCCCCACAACAAACACUGGGUGACCUUAGGCUAGUCACACUUCUUUGAAGUCUCUCAGCCCCACUCACCUCACAAAGAAGUGCGACUAGCCUAAGGUCACCCAGCAGCUGCAUGUGGAGGAGCGGGGAAGCGAACCCGGUUCCCCAGAUUACGAGUCCACCGUUCUUAACCACUACACCGCACUGGCUCUUGAGGGAGGGAGAUGCUGCCUUCAUGGAGAGAAGACUGGCGGUGUGGGGUGAGGGAGGGAGAUGCUGCCUCAUGGAGGGAAGACUGGGGGUGUGGGGUGAGGUAGGGAGGGAGGCUUGGGAAGGAAGCUGCACGCUCGCCAGCCAUAUGGUUGGCGAGGCACAGCUGGCGGGCGUGCAGGGAAAGGGGAGGCUGCCGGCAAAGCCACACAACUCCCCCACUCGCUGGGGCGCCCCUGAGAGGCUGGCGCCCUGGCGCAACGAACCACUAAGCCCUAUGGGAAAGACGGCUCUGUUUACAAGGGAAUAGCAAAAUGUCCAUGUGCAAACAGCAAUAGUGCCCCUUGCGACAGGAUGAGCAUCCAGCAAAGAGAAUGGUGCUUUGUUUCUGCUUUGCCCACCUGUAUCUGCUUAAAGAAUACAGUGGUACCUCGGGUUAAGAACUUAAUUCAUUCUGGAGGUCCAUUCUUAACCUGAAACUGUUCUUAACCUGAGGUACCACUUUAGCUAAUGGGGCCUCCCGCUGCUGCCGCGCCGCCGGAGCACGAUUUCUGUUCUCAUCCUGAAGCAAAGUUCUUAACCCGAGGUACUAUUUCUGGGUUAGCGGAGUCUGUAACCUGAAGCGGCUGUAACCCAAGGUACCACUAUAUGUGGGGGAAGAAAAAGAGGCUGGGAGUUCAAAGUUAUAUUUGGAUGGGGGAGGGAUUGCUAAUCAUUGGAAGCUCCUAUAAAAACCUUCGCAUUCCCAAGCACACAUCCUCCGUCAGUAGCAGCAGUAAGCCAUGGGUGGUUGAAAGGAAUUUUCAUUUAGCCGGGGACAAAUCACAGGUGAGAUAUCUGACUGGCUAUUCUUGGGAAGAGGUUGUGACUGCAAAUUAUAUUUCAGAUUUAGAGCAGGCCAAAAUCAAAAUGGCUGAAAGAUUCAAACAGUCAAUGCUAAAAAUACUUUGCAUUUUGAAACGGAAGUUUCUCAAAGUGUGAAUCACAGGAUAAUAGUUUGCAGAUUCUGAAUAUUUGUUUUGAUGAAGCCAGUAAGGUAUAGAACAAUGAUAUACACAUUGCUAAGCUCCUAGUUUAAGAAAAGCUGCACGUUUUCCCAGGGCCUUGAAAAUGAGCUACUUUCAUUCUUUAAGUUUCACUAUGGGUCUCUGGUGAAAAAUGGUUUUUGAAGCACUAUGGAAACCUGGCAAAAUGUGCUAGAUCAGAAACCAUAGCCUGGAGCCAUGAUAAUAAUAAUAAUAAUAAUAAUAAUAAUAAUAAUAAUAAUAAUAAUAUUUAUAUCCCUCCCUCCCCAGCCAAAGCCGGGCUCAGAGCGGCUAACAACAGUAAAAAUAACACAGUUUACAUAAAAUCACAAUCAAUUAAUUGAAAUACAUUCUAAAAUCAGUUCAUUUAAAAAUCAAUUCAGAGUCAAAUUAAUGGCAACCAUCGGGCUAGAGUUCUAUGCGGAUUACAGAAGGAGGGGGUCAGACUGUGCCUUCAGGUACUAAGUACCUGAAAAAACCCAUGAUCUAGGCUCAACUUUAGAAGCCCUGUUCUUAAUUCUGCAAUUUCCUUCAGGAGCACGAUAUUGGGGGCCAGGCCAGCAUUUAUAAAUCUCUAACCAUCAAUACCUCAAAGGAGAUGAUGAGCUACAGUGAUUUCCCCAUCCCUGCUGAGUACCCAAACUACAUGCACCACAGCAAAGUGAUGGAGUACUUCAGGAUGUAUGCAGAACACUUUGACUUGCUCAGACACAUACGUUUCAAGGUAAGAAGCCUGGCCCCUCAUUCUAUGGCAGGGGUCAGCAACCUUUUUCAGUCGUGGGCCAGUCCACCGUCCCUCAGACCAUGUGGUGGGCCGGACUAUAUUUUGGAAAAAAAUAUGAACGAAUUGCUAUGCCCCACAAAUAACCCAGAGAUGAAUUUUAAAUAAAAGGACACAUUCUACUCGUGUAAAAACAGCAGGCAGGCCCCACAAAUCACCCAGAGAUGCAUUUUAAAUACAGUGGUGCCUCGCAAGACAAAAUUAAUCCGUUCCGCGAGUAUCUUCGUCUAGCGGUUUUUUCGUCUUGCGAAGCAACCCUAUUAGCGGCUUAGCAGAUUAGCGCUAUUAGCGGUUUAGCGGCUAUUAAAGGCUUAUCGGCUUAGCGGAUUAGCUGCUAAAAGGCUAUUAAAGGCUUAGCGGCUUAGAAAAAGGGGGGGGGAAAGCGGGAAAAAAAUCUCAAGACUCGCAAGACAUUUUCGUCUUGGGAAGCAAGCCCAUAGGGAAAUUCGUCCUGUGAAGCGCAUUGAAAACGGAAAACCCUUUCGUCUAGCGGGUUUUCCGUCUUGCGAGGCAUUCGUUUUGCGGGGCACCACUGUAAAAGGAAACAUUCUACUCUACAUGCUGAUUCCUGGACCAUCCAUGGGCUGGACUGAGAAGGCGAAUGGGACGCAUCCAGCCCCCGGGCCUUAGGUUGCCUGCCCCUGUUUUAUGGCUACCAAGGCAGCAGCAAGCAUGAUCACAGUAGGGAUGGUGGAAAACAGCUGGGAAUGGAAAACAGAAACAGAUUCUCCUGCCCCUGCCUCCCACUUCCUUUCCUUUAAAUGGUUUUAAAUUUAAAUGAUGCUUUUAAUAAGGUUUUUUAUUUAAUUGUGGGUGAGUGUGUAUCCUUUGUGUGUUUUUAAACUGUUUUCAUGUUACGAGCUGCCUUGGGGAAAAGGCAAGAUAUAAACAAACAAAUAAAAUGCCACAAAGGCAACUUUCAACAUGUUUCAAGGGAAAUUUGUAAAAAAAAACAAACCCCACAAAUUUUAUACUCUAAAGAGGCACAAAGUUACAGGCUCAAAAAAGACAGCCUCUGAUAUAAUAAACUAAAAGCACUUUUGGAGUGGUUGGGGUGGGGGACAUUUUGACAAACCACCACAACCUCCCAGAUUUGUUCGAGGUAUGAACUUGAUAUUUCAUGCCAUGAUAUUUUAUUAUAUAUGUUUUAUGAUUUCAUUAUGUAUAAUAUGGGACAUGGGUGGUGCUGUGGGUUAAACCACAGAGCCUAGGACUUGCUGAUCAGAAGGUCAGCGGUUCGAAUCCUCGCGACGGGGUGAGCUCCCGUUGCUCAGUCCCAGUUCCUGCCAACCUAGCAGUUCAAAAGGUAAACGGCGUUUCCGUGCACUGGUCUGGUUCGCCAGAAGCAGCUUAGUCAUGCUGGCCACAUGACCUGGAAGCUGUAUGCCAGCUCCCUCGGCCAAUAAAGUGAGAUGAGCGCCGCAACCCCAGAGUCAUCCGUGACUGGACCAAACGGUCAGGGGUCCCUUUACCUUUACAUUUAUGUAUGAUAUAUUAUUGGCCCAUCCAGUUCAGCCUUCUCGUCAGCUCUGACUGCUAAGCAGCGCUCCCUCGCUUCAGGCAGGAGCAUUUUCCCGCCCUUCCUGGGAGUGCCAAGUAUUGCACCGCGGCCUUUUAAAUGUGUGCAGCAACUACAGUUGUGCUUUGUAAGCUCCCUCUAGUACGGGUUGUACCACUUGAGAUUGUGGAUGAGGCCUCACACGAUUUUAUGUGGACGUUCGAUCUUGUCUCAAGUGAUACAGUUUUUAUAAGGCUCCCACACCUUGGAAACUUGCACAAUGGCUGUUCUUGUUUUCUGUGCGGAGGAGCAUGAUUUAGCCAUGUAAGCUCCCACCUAGAACCUGAUCUGGUCUUAUCCAAGAACAGGUUUAUAACACCUCAUUGAGGGGUGGCAGUGGCGGGGGGUGGCCUUUAUGUCUAAUAAUAAUAAUAAUAAUAAUAAUAAUAAUAAUAAUAAUAUUUUAUUUAUACCCCGCCCUCCCCAGCCAAGGCCGGGCUCAGUGACAGUGACAGAUAUAUGUAUAAGCUAAAUAAGCUAUAGCAUACGACCCCACUCUCUUGGGGCCCUCAAAAAAUUUAAAGGAAAAAAACAACCCGGAUGUACAUUUCCAAAAUAUUAGAUAAAAAACUAAUAAAAUAAAACCGACAUACAGCAACAGUGUUUUGGGUUGUGUAGGCUCUUAUGAUGUAAGUAAUGGGCCCCACCUGCUAGCCUGCUCCCUAAAAUAUCACUGGUUUGCUCAUUUCUAUAUAUAGGGUGCCUAUAUUCUGCAUGUGCAAAUGGCUUUAGAUACCUAUUAGGUCUAUAAAUUACCAUAUAGCAUAUAUUCAACACAAAAAAACAGCGACAAUUUGUUGUUGACAAAGGACAGCUGGACAUAUAAAGGGCCCAAUUACCUUCAGUAGCUUAGGGCCUCAUCAAACCUAAAUCCGGCCCUGCGUCUAGAUAUUCAUUGUAUGAGCAGUUCCCAAAAUGAUUCAAAGGAACGUCAUCCCCGUGACCCCCCAAUCUGAGGGUGCAAUAUAAAUGUUCCACUUUGCAACCCCACUCACUGGCCUUUGUGAGCGUAUUUUAAUUCAUGUGCUUCAUUGCUGUGAAAUGUGCAUAUAAAGCCAAGCAUAAAAACCAUUUACCUUGUCUUUCAAGGCCUGUGUCUGCAGCAUAAAGAAACGUCCAGAUUUCCCCAUUACUGGCCAAUGGGAGGUUGUAAGUGAAAUAUAUGGGAAGCAGGAAUCUGCCAUCUUUGAUGCUGUCCUGGUCUGCACUGGGCACCACAUAGAUCCUUAUUUUCCACUGGAUUUGUUUCCUGGUAGGUGGGAUUUUCUGAUGUGGUCAACUGCUUGAGAGUUCUGGGGAACCCGUACGAAAGCAGAAUCUCCGUGGCAGGAGUUUGGUUACCCCCGCUAUUCUUUUUAGGGUAUUUGGGUGUCUUAGAAUAUUUAUAACAUAGUAACAUCGACAACCUCAAAUAUUUAAGGCACUAUGUGUGGGAAUACAGGUUAAAAUAUAAUUUAAAAAGCUGCCUCAUUUUAAUAGUGGCCCGUAGAUCAAAACCAUAAGGGGAGGGAAACAUAAGGCUGAGUCCAAACCAAAGGCCAGGCGGAACAGCUCUGUCUUGCAGGCCCUGUGGAAAUAUGUCAAGUCCCGCGGGGCCCUAGUCUCUUGUGACAGAGCGUUCCACCAAGUCGGAGCCAGUACUGAAAAGGCCCUGGCUCUAGCUGAGACCAACCUAACCACCUUACGACUUGGGACCUUCAAGGUGUUGUCAUUUGUAGACUUUAAGGUCCUCCGCGGGGCAUACCAGGAGAGGUGGUCCCGUAGGUACGUGGGUCCUAGGCCGCAUAUUUUUUAUUGUUGUUGUUAUUAUUAUUAUUAUUAUUAUUAUUAUUAUCCCUGCUCGGAGGAAGAGCAUUUCCUCCCUGGGGCGAUGUCAGACUUGACUAUCCUUGCUAGGGGCACAGAUAACUCUGUGAAACCUGUACGGAUGUUUAAAUUUGAGGCUUCCCCCUGACAGUGGAAGCAACAAGGAUACACCUUGCUCAGCACCAUGCAAAAUGGCUUAUUUCUCCUUUUCACAGGUGUUGAGAAGUUUAAGGGGAAAAUUAUGCACAGCCGAGAAUAUAAGCAUCCUGAAAAAUUCCGGGACCAGCGAAUCCUCGUGAUAGGCUUGGGAAAUUCUGGAGCGGACAUCUCCGUGGACCUCAGCCAUGUCACUAAGCAGGUGCUGCUCACUUAAGAAAAAACAAAUAAAUCAUUUGCCUUUUAUUCUCCUAAACACCUUUCUGGGGCACCUUUCUCAAGCUUCGGGCCCUGUAGUGCCACUGAAACCAAGAGAAGAGGUGAGCUCUGCUAGUGACACUUAACCUGCUUAAUUCUGCAAGUGUUUACUUGUAAGGAAGUCUCACUUAACUCAAUGGCACUUGAUUCCUCAGAAUCUUUUCCCUAAAUAUGCAAUUUAAAAACAAAACACAAAGCAAUUCAUGGGGGACUUUGCGGUUGAGCAAUGAACCCACAGAGGGUGGGAUUGCUUAGCGCUUGAGGCCCCUACCAACCCUCAGCUGCUUUUUCAGCCACAGGGGAAAAUAUACUGGAGUUCCCCCAUAGGAUAAUAUUCCAAAAUGGUAUUCCCCACCUGCAGUGUAUCAAAGGAUAGUGUAUCAAAUCGCUACAAGGACGCUGCCAGCACAUUCUAAUGUAUGUGUCGGUUAUGCCUGAACAUGUGAACAUGUGAUUCCAUUACACUUGGCCCUCAGUAGGCAUCUCUGGUGGGUUUUUCUUCCUUAACCUGCCCCUGUCUCCUCCCGAUAGAUCUUUCUGAGCACCAGAACUGGCACCUGGGUGGUGAAUCGUGUCUCCGAUGAUGGUUACCCCUUGGACGUGGUUCAUUUUACACGCUUCAAAAACCUCCUUCGCAGUAUGCUUCCUUGCACUCUGGUGAACCUGUGGGGAGAGAAGAAGCUGAAUGCGAGGUUUAAUCAUGAGAACUAUGGUAUAAAACCCCAGCACAGGUAAGGCAGGAGACUUUUUUAAUCUUGGAGAAUCAUGAAGGGUGGGGAAUUCUGCCUUUCUUUGCUGUUUUUAGCAUUUCUUCUUUUUCUUCUUUUCUUCUUUUUUCUUUUUCAAGGAACCAUUUGCAUUCUUUUAUUAAAAGUUUGUUACCUUGAUUUCUUAUUUUUCCGGUAAGUUUCGCCAUUUCUGCAUAUUUCAUAAGUUUUUAUAUCCAUUCUUCUUUCGCUGGGACAUCUUCUUCUUUCCAUUUUUGGGCAAGGAACAUUCUUGCCGCUGUAGUCGCAUACAUGAAUAAAUUUCAAUACAGUUUGGAUAGUUCUGUCCCUAUAAUUCCCAAAAGGAAAGCUUCUGGGUUUGGUUUUUUUACAAACAUUAUUUUAAACAUAUUUUUCAAUUCAUUACAUAUCAUUUCCCAGUUAAGCUUUAACCUUACUACAAGACCACCACAUAUGGUCAAAAAGAACCUUCUUUCUCUUUACACUUCCAACACUUAUUUGAUAUUGAUUUAUACAUUUUUGCCAUUUAUUCAGUGUUAGGUACCACCGAUAUAACAUUUUCAUAUAAUUUUCUCUUAGACCAUAACAUGCUGUAAAUUUUAUAUCCAUAUUCCACGAUCGUUCCCAUGCUUCCAUAUCUAUAUUAUAACCAAUAACUAUUGUCCAGUGUAUCAUUGAGGAUUUUACUUGCUCGUCCUUUGUCUCCCAUUCCAAUAAUAUUUUAUACAUUUUAGACAGGACUUUUACAUUACAUUCCAAGAGAUCUCUCUUCAGUUGUGAUAUUUGUUCCCCAAACCCUUGUAUCCUAUCUUUCUUAAAUACUUUGUUCAAAUGAUGAUAUUGGAUCCAUGUUGUUAAUUUUCCUGAUAAUUCCUUAAAUUCUUUUAAUGGAUACUCUCCUCCCUCUUGGUUUAAUAAAUUUCUUUAAGUUGUCCACCCUUCUAUCAGAUUCCUUUUCUUUACCGCUAUAGCUUCCAACAGACGCGGGUGGCGUUGUGGGUUAAACCACAGAGCCUAGGAUUUGCUGAUCGGAAGGUCGGUGGUUUGAAUCCCUGUGACAGGGUGAGCUCCCGUUGCUUGGUCCCUGCUCCUGCCAAACUAGCAGUUCGAAAGCACGUCAAAGUGCAAGUAGAUAAAUAGGUACCGCUCUGGCAGGAAGGUAAAUGGCGUUUCCGUGCGCUGCUCUGGUUCGCCAGAAGCGGCUUAGUCAUGCUGGCCACAUGACUCAGAAGCUGUACGCCAGCUCCCUCGGCCAAUAAAGCGAGAUGAGCGCAGCAACCCCAGAGUCAGUCACGACUGGACCUAAUGGUCAGGGGUCCCUUUACCUUUAUAGCUUCCAACGGUGAGAGCCAAAUGGAUGGGGCUGAAUCAACCAGCUCCCCUCUCUUAUUCCUCCUCUCCCAUGUCACUGCCUGACCUCUCGCCACCUCCAUUCUCAGAGUCCCCUCAUCCUUUGACACAUCCUGCCUUUCCCACCCCAUCCUGGCUGCCACCAGGUAGCACAUGCAGCUAGUCUCUCUGGCCUCACUUGUAAUAAUCUCCUCUCCAUUCUUCUUUCUGUCCACGUGUGUGAAAAUAUAUAUGCUUCCAUACUGUCAGGCUAGGGAAUUUGAUCCCUCCCACAGUGGCAGCCAAGAAGCAGAUAACAAGAAGAGUUCUUACCAAGUCUUUAUUCAAUAUUCACACAGAGAGAACGCAGAAAUGCCAUCUCUCUUAGAUAAUGGCGUUGCUCCAAGUAAAGUCCCACCCCCUCCGUCUCUCCUAUUAUACAUCAUCCCUGUGUCAUCUGACCUGUGCUUUCUGCCUCUGAGCUUUCUGUUCUACUACUCUCAAUGCACGCCGGGUCCUGGGAGAGGGGGGUCAGGAAUGCUUUCUAAAGACCCUGAGUCUGUUAGCUGUAUCUCCCCUAGUGCUUCUUCUUCCUGCUGCUCCUCUCCCAAUAUUUCCCAGCUUCUCCUCUCUGCAGCCUCUGCACUAUGACCUUCCGCAAACCACUCUUCUAAAUCUAUACUGUCCUUCUCUUCUUGGGAAGAUUCAGGAAGAGGGGGGCGCGGUCCCCACCAUUCCUCCUCAGUCCAGUCCCUGACACAUACACACAGAGAAGCAAAGGCUUCUCCCCUUGUGCUCCGUAAAGAGCCAUGCACACUGUGUGUGUAUUUGUGUGUGUGUGACAAACAACCAAGGAAUAAAUCUUAAUAAACUUCUGCAAGCGCAGAACAACGCCCCCCAACCCAUCCAGAGGUUACAGCACUUCAAGGUCUCUUUCCUUCUUUGCUCCAUAGGUUCCUCAGUAGGUAUCCCAUUGCAGCUGACGACCUUCCAAAUGCCAUAAUUUCUGGCAGGGUGCUCAUGAAGCCAAAUGUGAAGGAGUUCACCGAGAGAGGAGUGAUAUUUGAAGAUGGCAGCAGAGAGGAAGACAUUGACGUGGUGAUCUUUGCCACAGGAUACAACUACUCAUUUGCCUUCGUUGAGGAGGGAGUCAUCAAGACAAGGGGCAAUUGGAUCCCGCUCUAUAAGUUUGUCUUCCCACCACAGCUGGAAAAGCCCACAAUGGCAAUCAUUGGCCUCCUCCAACCUUUGGGAGCCAUUAUGCCAAUAGCUGAACUCCAAGCUCGCUGGGCCACGAGAAUCUUCAAGGGUAAGGAAGAGAGGAAUACACUGGGGAUUCCCAAGCUACUGCUCUGCUAAGGUCUCCAGCUUGGGCUCUGUUCAGUAUAGUGAACUCCCUGAUCCAUGCUGGAACAACAAAGAAUUAUGGGUGGAUUCUCAUGGGUGUGAAAAGGUGACUUCUAAUCCAACCAUGCAUUUCUAUAACUGUGUCUGGGAGGGGACUGAGUUAUGAGAGAGGUUGCAGUAGGCAAGGAGACCAAGGCUUGAACCAGAGUUUUACCUGAUAGGACAGGAAGAAAUGAGCAUCUUUUUGCAUUCUUGGUCAGGAGAAAGAGAGCUGCGAAACAAUUGGCCAGCCGAUCCUUUAUUUGAAAUGCUUAACUGGUACAUAUCUCUGUGUUAUUUUUCAGGCCUGCUCAAGUUGCCUUCAGAGGAUGAAAUGAUGGCUGACAUUACCAAGAAGGUCACGUAUAAUGAGAAACGGUAGGUUGCCGUCUUUCCAUACUUACAGUGAGGGAUGCUAAUUUCUCUUGGGACUUCAGCAUGCUAAAUCUCAUUUCUUGCUUUGUAGAGUGUUCUUCAAAUGUGUAGUUUGCCAGAGCUUCCCAUUAGUUCAUGCCAUUUUUCACCUCUACAUUGCUGGUACAUGCACAUUGAUAAAAUGUGGCAGAAAAGCAAUAUUUGUGCCAGUGUACAAGCUUUUUCCCUGCAGGAUUCCCCCAGUAUUUGAAUAGGGUGGAAAGUGUGUGACCUUUGACCACCAAUUUGGGAAGACUAGUAACCCUUGAGCAAUAGGAUGUGGGGCAGAGGAACAGUUUGGGGCUAGUUUCCCCGUUCAACUAGGAGUCAGGGAAGCAGAAAGACCAGUGAGUUGACUGAGGCUGAAGCAUCCUUCCAGUCCACAGUUGCUCUUUGGUGACCUGAUGCAGAAUUACCGUAUUUUUUGCUCUAUAAGACUCACUUUUUCCCUCCUAAAAAAGUAAGGGGAAAUGUGUGUGCGUCUUAUGGAGCGAAUGCAGGCUGCGCAGCUAUCCCAGAAGCCAGAACAGCAAGAGGGGUUGCUGCUUUCACUGCGCAGAGAUCCCUCUUGCCGUUCUGGCUUCUGAGAUUCAGAAUAUUUUUUUUCUUGUUUUCCUCCUCCAAAAACUAGGUGCAUCUUAUGGUCUGGUGCGUCUUAUAGAGUGAAAAAUACGGUACCAACUUUGUUGCCUGCUAAGAUGUGCAGCCUCUGCCCAGCCUGGAUAUUUGUAAACAAAGCAAAUAUUCACAAGGGAUGUUAAGUUUCCAAUGCUCUCCCAUCCACAGGAAAGGGAACCCUGUAGUUCUGUCCUGAAGCCUCUCGCGGAAGUAGGGUGUGUGUUGCCACUGGAAAUUAUGAGUCUUGCUCCCUGGGAUUAAAAGCAGCCAAAUGCGCCAAACUUGGCAAAGGGGAGAGGGAGUGGCUGUAGGGAGACCAAGCUGGAGCUGCGUUUAAGGCAGGGGUCAGCAAACCUUUUCAGCAGGGGGCCAGACCACUGUCCCUCAGACCUUGUCAGGGGCCAGACUAUAUUUUUAUUUGGCGGGGGGGAUGAACAAAUUCCUAUGCCCCACAAAGAACCCAGAGAUUCAUUUUAAAUAAAAGCACACAUUCUACUCAUGUAAAAACAUGCUGAAUCCCAGACCAUCCGCAGGCUGGAUUUAGAAGGUGAUUGGGCCGGAUCUGGCCUCUGGGCCUUAGUUUGCCUACCCAUGGUUUAAGGCAGCCUUCCUCAACCUGUGGGUCCCUAGAUGUUGUUGAACCACAACUCCCAUCACCCCUAGCUAGCAAGGCCGGAGCUCGGGGAUGAUGGGAGUUGUAGUCCAACAACAUCUGGGGACCCACAGGUUGAGAACCGCUGGUUUAAGGUCUCCUUAAAGGUAAAGGGUAAAGUGACCCCUGACCAUUAGGUCCAGUCGUGACCGACUCUGGGGUUGCAGCGCUCAUCUCGCUUUAUUGGCCGAGGGAGCCGGUGUACAGCUUCCGAGUCAUGUGGCCAGCAUGACUAAGCCGCUUCUGAACCAGAGCAGCGCACGGAAACGCCGUUUACCUUCCCGCUGGAGCGGUACCUAUUUAUCUACUUGCACUUUGACAUGCUUUUGAACUGCUAGGUUGGCAGGAGCAGGGACCGAGCAACGGGAGCUCACCCUGUCACGGGGAUUCGAACCGCCAACCUUCUGAUCGGCAAGCCCAGGGGUCUAACUAAUGCCUGCCAAUUCCCCCCUCUCUCCUUAGAUAUGUGCCAAGCCAGCACACCAUGCUGCAGGUGCAGUAUGUUGAUCACAUGGACGAACUGGCCUCCCUGUCGGGAGUGAAGCCCAACCUGCCGCGUCUCAUCCUGACGGACCCAAAGCUGGCCUGGGAGGUGUUCUUUGGGCCCUGCUCUCCGGCGCAGUUCCGUCUGACCGGGCCUGGGAAGUGGGAGGGGGCCAGAAACGCCAUCCUGACCCAGAAGGACAGGAUCGUCAAGGCCACCAAGACCCGAGGCCUGCAGAGCUGCGUGGGCACCAGUCUGCCUUCGACGCCUUGUUUCUUCAUCAAAGUGCUUGGCUGUUUUGCCAUCUUUGCCAUCCUAGUAGCUUACCUGUAG